AUGUCCAAUGGAGUCCAAUCCGUUGCAGACGGUUUCCGUAACAAGAACCAAAAUCCCGGAAACAGCCCUAAUGCUCCGGGCCCAGGAGAACCCACCCCUGUUGCUAGUUCCCCCGCAAUCCGCACGGCACCUCCAGGCAUCCUUGCCCAGGAAGCCAAUCCCACUCUCCACCACCCCGCCUCACCUCCUACUCAAGAGACCGCGGCGAAAAAGAGCAAAACCCAAAAGGGUGCCGAGAGGAAAUCGUCAAGCACUCGUGUUGGCGGGAUCCUCGACAAACUUAACCCAAACCCCUCUAGCAAGGUUGGGACUAGACCAGACUUGGAUCUUUCUAAGAGAUUAAUUGCAGAUGAUACCAACGACGAAAGGAAAGCGACUCUCCUAACGCAGGCCCCCCAAGGUCCCAACAGGAACAAUGAGGUAAUCGCCACCCUUGUGGAGAAGCAUUUGGCAGCGGAAAAGGCCGGCGACCAAGAAGCCUCGGACCUCUACUUUGCAAUGUUCAAAUCGUUGAUGUCAACGAAGUCCUUGGCUCAGCCAGCUCCAACCCCUUUAGCCACUCCCACUGAGGACUCCAACCUCAAGUUGCGUUCUAAGAAACCCGUCAACCCCAACACCUAUGCUAAAUAUGCACCCAUCCCCAAGUACCACAAAGAAGAUGAUAAUCAGUCGGACGGGGAGUCUGUAGUCGGCAAUAUCCAAUUCUCAGUUGAAGCGGUGCCUCGUCAUGACGCAAUGGGUUUUACCCCCUAUUUUGACAAAAAUAUUAGAGAACUCAAGGGUCCCAUUCCCCUGACCAUAUUUAACAAAGCGUGGAAAAACCGUGCAAUCCUCUACUACGCAGAGAAGCGCUCAAAGUUUGAAGAUUUGUCCUCUGAUUUUAACCGCUACACUGGGUACCCUUACCCGUUGGAAUGGACCCAAUCAUUCAGUGAUUGGACCUCGAACCACCAAAACUUUUAUAAUACCCUUAAGGUUGAAUACAAUUUUAAACGCAUGGCCAACUGGCUGCUUGCUCAUAAGGCUAACGCAGAUGCAAUUCUGGCCGAGGACGGCUUUGUGGUUGCCCUCCGCUACAACAUUCAACAUGAUCUGCUUGUUUCUGACCAAUGA